ACACAUCAGACUUUUCCCAGUGGAGCUGGAGAACAGGCUUCAAUGAAAACUGCCUGUUUGCAGCUAUAUGGAGAUUGCAGGCACCACAAUCACUGUUUCCUCUACCUGACCUGGAGCAGAAACUCCAUCAUCAGGAUAGAAAGGUAGCCUUGUUGCCUAGCAAAGGUGGGAUGAUUUAUCUCUGUCUCUAGAUUGGUCCCUUUUUUGUGCUGCACAAGAGAAUUGUUUUCAGACUUCCAAGGAGAAUGAAGCCAGGCUAGAAAUCGGAGUGGAUGUGUGAGAGCUGCUCUCCUAGGGAGGAGAAGGAGUCACAGGGUUUCUCUGCUUUUUGUUCCUGUGCAGCACAGGACAAUGGUUUUAUCUGCCCCAGUUAUAGCCCUGGGGGCUACCUUAGGGACUGCAACUAGCAUCCUUGCCCUCUGCGGUCUCACCUGCUUCUGCAAAUGCAAGCAACCUGGGAAAGGACUCUCGGAAAAGGACCAAGAGGAGGACACGGAAAAUACUAAGCCCAGUGUGCUUCAGCCAGUCCAGCAAUUCAACGUUAAGAAAACUGCAGAGCCAGUGCAGCCUCGAGCACUCCUGAAGUUUCCCAACAUUUAUGGCCCCAAACCAGUAGUAACUUCACCUGAAAUUGUUAACUACACGCAGUACUCCCUGAAGACAACAGAAGAACCAGCUACUGGAAAACAUACUGGUUUGGAUGAGAACAGGAUGAAGAUACAAGUCAACGAAGAGCUGUUUGUUCUCCCUCAAAACGUUCCAGGUGUAGUAAAGGACAUGUGCGUCACAGAGCACUUGAACCCUGAGCGGGCAGCCAGCUGUAACCAGGCCCCUGAGCUGCGCUACUCCCUUGCAUACGAUCAACAAAAAGCCGAGCUGCGCGUGGCACUUCUGGAAGCUAUGCAUGGCAGAAUGAGUGGGGACCAAGAUGCUGGCUGCCAUUGCUACAUACUGGGCACACUGGUGAGCAAGUCCGGUAUUGCUGAGGCCCAGACAGAGCUGAAGAAGAAGGUGCUUCACACCCUCUGGGAGGAGGUCCUGCGAUUCCCAUUAAUGGAGGAGGAGAUGCCAGAAGGGACACUGACUCUCACCCUGAGAAACUGCGACAAGUUCUCCAGACACAGCAUUGUGGGGGAACUCAAACUGAGCCUUGCUAAGGUGGAGGAGUCCUUUGGGAUGGCCCAGUGGGAAAGGCUAAAGACCCCAGAGAAGGAGCCGUCUACAGGCCAUGGGGAGGUCCUGCUCUCUAUUAGCUACCUGCCAGCAGCUAAUCGCCUGCUGGUGGUGAUUAUUAAGGCUAAAAAUCUCCACUCCAAGCAGCUGAAAGAUCUACUUGGCAAUGAUGUUUCUGUCAAGGUGACACUGAGGCAUCAGUCCUUAAAGCUGAAGAAGAAGCAGACCAAACGUGCAAAGCACAAGAUCAACCCUGUGUGGAAUGAGAUGAUCAUGUUUGAGGUGCCUCAUGAGCUCCUGCGUGCCUCCAGCGUGGAGCUGGAAGUGCUGAGCCAGGAUGGUGCUGGGCAGAGCCACGUGCUCGGCAAAUGCAGCCUGGGCUUGCACGACACGGGCACGGAGAGGAACCAUUGGGAAGAAAUGCUGAGGAACCCCAGGAGACAGAUAGCCAUGUGGCACCAGCUCCACAUGUAGGAUCAUCAUGAUUACUGCCAACCAGAUUUCCACCAGGCCUCUGAGCCUUGGGGAAUAAGCUGCAUUUCACAUUCCACCUUCCCCUCCACAAAGUUGCUCGGCACAGCAUUCUUCUUAAACCACUUUCUCUGAUUUUCCUGCCUCAUCCUAGCCCAGGAAAAUGUAUUUAAAGGACAAUCUCUCACCUAAUCAAGUGGGUCUCUCAAACAAGGGAUUUGGCUGCCUGGAUGAUUUGAAUUAAUUGUAUUAGCCUGCCCACUGUCGUUUCUGUGAGGUCCCUGUUUCUGUAGAGGAGCAGAGGGGAGCAAAGGUAUCAUGGAGAUGUAAGCCGCUCCUUGGCAUCUGGCACUGUCACCCAAGCCCCUUGAUGAGUCCUGGCUCCAUAAUCACAAACACAUGGCAGAUAUUUUACCAGUCACUGUUUUUCAUAAUACUUUACAAGGCUGUGAAAAAUGAAGAUCACAAAACUUAUUUUCACUGCAGACCCAAAGUAUCAGUAUGAAAGAGAGAAUGAAACCAAUGUGCAGUAUAUGGAUAACUAGAAAAAGAUACAGAACUAAGGGAGAGAACAGGGGAAGAAGAGAUAGUGAGACAGUCAAUGCUAUCAUCCUGUGUAGCCUUUGAAGCAAACACUGCCAAACAAGAAGUCAAAUACCUUCCUUCACUUUUGUUUCCUGGAGUGUUUGAUACCUUGUAUUUAGGAUUCAUGAAAACUGGUGAAAAUAUGAAUGUUUCAGGAUCCUUUAGCCGAAUACCUAUAUCUUCUAUCUUUCUACAGUGUCACCCAGGAAGACCCUGAACAUGGACAAAAAGUUAUUGAUGUUACCUCCAAAAACUUGGACCAAAUCUUUCUGCUUAGUGCCAUCUUUUCUGUUUGGGUUUUUCUCAGCUAGAAAGUUUCAAAUACUCUAAUUAUAUUCCAGGCAAUGUCUAUGACUAGACAAAAGAAGUGGGAUCAUUUCAUACCUUAGCAGUUGAUUGAUGGUUUUGGUUUGACAGUUAACUAUCACACUCAAAUCCUCAUACCAGCAUUACUUGAAGACAACCCUUAAGAACUGCCAUGUAUUUCAUCACUUCCAGACAGAAGGAAUUCACUGACCAGACAGACUCUCCAGGGCUUGUUUUUUUGUGUGCACUUUCAAGAUUCGAUGAGGCUUAAAUGUUACUCUUUACUGUCCUUUUUUUUGUGACUAGAUGGACUGAAAGUCUGGUAUUGGCAGUGAUGAUGUUACGACUCCAUAAGCACACUGCUUGUCCUACCACUUUAUUUCAAGUAGUAGACACGGCUUUAAGAGACUUGCAUGGGGACAAGGCAUCCAAAAAUCUAAAACCAUAACCAUAUAGUUUGUAGCACUGAAAAACUCAGAGAACUUAAUUUUUGCAGGGUCAGCUUGAUCCUCUGUUUAAUUCAAAAUAUUAAGCUAGGCUUUAUCUCGUAUCCAUCCCAUUUUGAUGCCUUAGUCAAACAAGUCUAGCAGACUGUCAAGUGAAGGCUGCCAUCCUGUUGGCAAAGACAAACCACCAGAACCAGUAUCUGAGAACUGGCUGAAGCACCAAGCACAGAGAGCCAUGAACAUGGGAAUGAAGUUCAGCUGGAAGCCAGUAGCUAGUGGUGACUGGGGCUGUUAGUGGGACUGACACUGUUGAACAUCUUCAUAAAUGACCUGGACAAUGGGCAGAGUGUGCCCUCAGCAAGUUUGCAGAUGAUACAAAACUGGGAGUAGUGGUUGAUACACCAGGUGGUUGUACUGCUGUUCAGAGGGAUGCGGAGAGGCUGGAGAAAAGGGCUGACACAAACCUCCUGAAGUUCAACAAGGAGAAGUGCCAAGUCCUGCAUCUGGGGAGGAACAACCCCAGGCACCAUAGCAGGGCUGGGGGCUGCCCAUCUGGCAAGCAGCUUUCCAUAAAAGGAGCCGGGGUUCUUUGUGGACACCAAGUUGAACAUGAGCCAGCAAUGUGCCCUUGCAGCAAAGAAGGCCAACGGUGUCUUGGGUCACAUUAGGAAGACCACUUCCAGCAGGUCAAGGGAGGUGAUCCUUCCUCUGUACUCAACACUGGUGAGGACACAUCUGGAAUGCUGUGUCUAGUUCUGGGCUCCCCAGUGCACGAAAGGUAUGGACUUACUGGAGAGAGUGCAGAAAGUGGCCACAGGGGUGAUUAAGGGACUGGAGCAUCUUCUGUAGGAGGAGAGGCUGAGAGAGCUGGACUGUUCAGCCUGGUCAAGAGAAGGGUCAGGUGGGGAACUUACCAAUAUAUAUAAACACCUGAUCUGGGAGAGGAGAAAAGAUGAUGGAGCCAGACUCUUCUCAGUGGUGUCCAGUGACAGGACAAGAGGCAAGGGCACAAAUUGCAAUACAAGAAAUUCCAUUUGAACACAUGAAAAAACAAAGAAUUUUUUUUUUUUUUUUUACUGUGAGGAUGGUCAAACACUGGAACAAGUUGCCAAGAGAUGUUGAGAGUCUCCAUCCUUGGAGCCACUCAUAUCUGAUGGGAUACAGCACUGAACAACCUGCUCUAGUUUACCCUGCUUUGAGCAGGGGUGGUUUUGGACAAGAUGAUCUGCAGAGGUCCUUUCUGUCCUCAGCGAUGCUGUGAUUCUGUGAAGAGACCGACAAGGUUGAUGCACACUGAAAACUCUGUUAUCUUUACACUGCUAUUUCCUUUAUAGGUGGUGUGGCCAGGAGUUACAGGAUCAUUUUGAAGACAGUGAUAAAAACAGCUUUGGCCAAAUAAACAAACAAGCUAAGUACAUCAAUGAAUCUUAUACCCAAUGUUUUAAUCUCUGAUAUUGCUCCACUGGCUAGAGGGGAGAAAUUUUCAAAAGAAAUUUGACUUCUUGUUUUGCUCUAUGGGUUUUUGUUUAUUAACAAAAAGCUGUAGGAUACUGUGAAUAAAGUAGACACGAGGUUUUAGUUGAUAGUGAUUUCUUAAUAGUAGUUGUGUUCAUGAUUUGCCUGUAGAUAUUCCUAUAGCUUUGGAAUCAUUAUUUCCAUUUAAGUGCAAAAUUCAUUGUGAUGUUGGCCUACCCUACGUAUAGGUUCCUGGCAGCGCUGUGAUUCUUAUUUCUUUUUAGGAUAAUGAUAAGGAGGUAACUUCAUGGUAUGAUGCUAUUUGGCUGGCACCGGAAAGCCUGAAGGGCCAAAUAUUUGCCUUGCUGCCAAGAGAUUUCUCUAGUUCUGCCUCCUGCUUAUUUUAAUGAGCUUUUUGUAACAUCUUGGUGACUGACUGUAAACAGCAUUAUCUGCCUCUGCCCCUGGUGAUUUUGGCACACCCUGUAAUUAGAUAGCAAUCCUAUAGCAUCGAAAAGAAUAGCCCCUCACAAUCUGAUUUUGCUGUGAUAAAAAACAUCCUCUUUUACAGCAGAAAAAUACGUGUGUACACACUACUUAACCACAAAUCUGUCUGAGGAGCAAAGUGGUUAAGUAAUGUAAAGCAGGGUGUUGUUCCCUCCUUUGCUGCAAUGGGAUUUAAAUGGGGAAGAGAUGAAGAGUGAAAAUGCACGCAUCUUUCCCGGCCGGAUCACUUUGGUAGCCUGGAAAGAAUGUCUCUCGCAUUCAGCGCAGCCUGAACAAAGACUGCCAGGUGCUUGUUUAACGAGGCAGCCAUUCGCUGUGCCGGGGCUGAAAGCAAACGCAGUUAAGGGUGCUGGCUGUGGGGAAGAGGAGGAAUGCUGCGUACGUGUGGUACCGGAGGGGCAGGGAGGCUCAGCCCGGGCCCUUUUGAACUCUGUUAAUUAUUGGAGCUGUUUGUCAUCGCAUUCCAGCGCCUGCCCAGGCCCUUAUCCCUCCGAACCUCCUGUAUCGCCUGUUUAGCAAUGCUUGUAUGCCCCUGAGCCCCAGCACCCCAAGGGCCGGAGGUGCAGGCAAACUGCGGGGAGUCGUUGUGGUGAUGACAACGUCGUGAAUAUAAACGCGAAGUAUUUGGAAAUGCUCAGUGCCAUCAUAACAAGCGGCUUCAGCAACGUGAGCUGUGGAAGUAUCCCUUCAGCGCAACGUGGCCAGAGAACAAAGUCAGCCAGACCCGUGGUUUUCAGCUCCUGAAGCUGUAAAUACAGGAGCAUCAGCAAGCACAACAAACAUGUCUUAAAUUAAAGGGUGCUGCUUACAAAUUGCAUCAUAAGAGAAGAAGCAAAAAACCAUUUACAGCAAUUUAUGUUCUUAAGCUACACGUGUGAUUAAAAAUAGCUAUUAGGUUCCCCAAUGGCUAUUAUUGAUUGCACUGAUUAUUUUUCCUACUAUAACCUAUUAACCUAUGAAGAAGCUGGAAGCAAAGAGACUGUAGGGAAGAAGGAAAAAAAAGCGUGUGUGAGGAGCAGUCUACCUGGUCAGAAUGCACAAUCCUUUUCACAAAGGGCCAGAGAGCUGCGGGUUUAAGGAUAAGAUUCAGUCCCUCGUCCAGCGACAGAAACAAAACAACAUGAACUACUGUAAAACAGAAUGAGAAAUGCAGCCCCAUACUGCAUCCAGCAUCACCUGGGAGAGGCGUUCUCCUGCUGUGGCCUCUGUUUAAAGGAGGGGACUGAGAGGCCAGAGGAAAUAACUUGUGAUACAUUAAGGAGUUACUUGGUUAAAAUAUAGACUGUAGCCAUACGUUGUUUUGCCUCGACCUGCCCUCAGAGCUAGAUCUACACAGAGAAAUGAACUAGUUUGAUUUUAGGCAAUUUACGCUACAGUAGAAGAGAUUAAAAAGCACAGAUCAUCGAUAGUCACUAAAACAUCUCCGGGAUGUUUUAGAUUCAUUUCUACCCUCAGCCCCCUUCCCCACUUGUAAGGGGGAGUGUUUGCAGCUGCUCUCCUGCAAGGGCAACGCUUUCUCAGCACACAGUUUUCCCCUCACUUCUUGUCCCAAGUAUCCUUGCAUGGUGAUAGGAACCAUGUUUGCUUUGCAAAGAGGUAAUACAUUAGAAAUUAAUGGAAAAUUCCCUUCAACAGGGCUGGGAAAAAUUUCAGACUCAACUAUUCUCCCAGGCAUUGCUGUGCUUUCGACACCUUGAACAAAAGUACUCUGCAUUUUGCUAGCGCCUGUCAUCAGUAUUAUCUGGCAGUAGUGUCCAAAGACACCCAAUUUUUCAUUCCAGAAUGGAGGAGGUUGUAAUUUGAACUCUAUAAAUACAGACCAAGGUUCGCCCAAAUUUUCAUGAUAUCUAAGAUGAGUUGAGCAUGGUGAUGUCUAGAAAGAGCUGGGAGCUAAGGUGGCUUGGACCACGCUUCUUGCACUCUUUUGAAGGUCAGUUUGAAGUUUGAUUGAAUUGAAGGGCAGAGCUUUGGCAGCAUUUUUUAUGUGUUUCAGAAUUUAACUAAGUCUCAAAAUGUAUUUGGUUCAUUUGAUGAAAGAUAAGCAUGAUGAGUAAAUACUAAUACUUGACACUUUAUAUUGUAUCUUCUGUUGUUGAUAAUCAAAUUGCACAAGAAUAGUAGCAAAGUGAAAUAGUGCUCCGUGGCCUUCCAGCAUGAGAAGGCUUUUCUGCUUACUCAGUCGUUAGUGUCCCAGUGUGUUUAUUGUACAGAGCCAGAUAUUGUUUUUCAAGUCUCUGUAUUGUUCGCACAGCCCAAAGCACAAAAACAGAGCAUGACGCUCGGCCAUUGUGUCUAAUGUUACAGCACAACAUGUAAAUCACCACAAGUAAAUAAUUCCAAAUUGUAUCAA